ACGAGCCGCGCAUCCGCAACACCGAGGAGGGUGGUGCGGUGUCAGAGCCUGCAGGAAUCCAGAAAGUCCACACACGAGGCAAAAUGCGCUGAGGGGACGUCUGCGUGGAGCUCGGUUUGAUGACCAAGAGGUUUCCUCAUACGACACUGACACGAGUCCGGAAAGAGGCAGAAGAAACGACGCAGACAAGUUGUGAUUCCAGAGGAAAUCCGAGAGGGAGAUGAAUACCAACGAUGCCAAGGAGUACCUCGCGCGGCGGGAGAUACCUCAACUAUUUGAGAGCCUGCUGACAGGUUUGAUGUACUACCGGCCCGAUGACCCCAUCGACUACCUGGAGGCCUGUCUGAUGAAAGUCAGGGAGCUGGGAGGACCAGACAAGGUGCGAUGGGACACCUUUGUGGGCCAGGAGAAGAAGUCCCUUCCCCCUCUCAACGGGGGCCAAUCACGCAGGUCCCUCUUCAGAAAUGUGUUGCCCGACAGUCCCAAUUUCCCCUACAGACGCUACGACCGCCUCCCUCCCAUCAGCCAGUUCUCCAUCGAAAGUGACUCAGACCUGUCGGAGACGGCGGAGCUCAUAGAGGAGUACGAGGUGUUCGAUCCGUCGAGACCACGGCCCAAAGUUAUCCUCGUCAUCGGUGGCCCUGGCAGCGGCAAAGGAACACAGAGCCUGAAGAUUGCCGAGCGCUAUGGCUUCCAGUACGUGUCCGUGGGCGAGCUGCUGAGGAAGAAGAUGAUCCACAACGCCACCAGCAACAGAAAGUGGAGCCUGAUUGCUAAAAUCAUCACCAAUGGAGAGCUGGCACCGCAGGAGACCACGAUAACCGAGAUCAAGCAGAAGAUUAUGAAGACCCCCGACGCUAAUGGAAUCGUCAUAGAUGGGUUCCCUCGAGAUGUCGGACAGGCCUUGUCCUUCGAGGACCAGAUAUGCUCUCCUGACCUGGUGGUGUUCCUGGCCUGCACCAACCACCGCUUGAAGGAGAGGCUGCAGAAGCGAGCCGAGCAGCAGGGACGACCCGACGACAACCCCAAGGCCAUCGACCGCCGUCUGACCAACUUCAAACAAAACACCAUUCCUCUGGUGAAAUACUUCCAAGAGAGGGGCCUUAUUGUCACGUUGGAUGCCGACCGAGAUGAAGAGGAGAUCUUCUGUGACAUCAGCAUGACUGUGGACAAUAAGUUGUUUCCUUCCAAAGAGCCUGCAGCUGGUCCCAGCGAGCUGGACCUCAGUCUACUGGGUGACACCAGCAGCCUGGCAGAUGUUGCUUGCAAAUACAGCGAGGUGGAAGAGGAGGAAGACAUUGGUUAUGCUGAAGGAGCAGCAGACAGUUAUAGCACAGAACACAGGAAACCAAAGGUCGUCUUCAUGAUUGGUGGUCCAGGUUCAGGAAAGUCGGUCCAGUGCCAGCGGAUGGAGGACAGGUUGGGCCUGCGUCACAUGACCCUGGGUGACCUGCUGGGUAACGAGCUGCAGUCUCGCAGCGACAGAGGACGCCACCUGCAGGACGUCCUGGAGAGAGGAGAGCAGCUGCCCAAGUCAGUCCUGUAA